CAGGCUUGGCUACUGGAAGUCUCACCUAUGUGCUUCUUGGACCCUUGCUGGGUUAGAGGGGGAGGGGAGGGAGUCAGUGAGUGGCGGCGCUCCGGGCUUCCCGCUCUGGCAGCUGAGACUUUCUCCUCCCUAACUUUUGGGGACCGGGAAGACCCGGGUGGACCCGUUCCUGCUUACUGAGCUGGGAGGGGGGACGCGUGUGCGCAUGUUCGCUGAGAGAGGGGGAGUAGGAGCCACUUGUAAGGGCUUGUGGUGGGGGGAGGGGCUGUCCGUCAACUUAAAGUUCCCCAGAAAAAGGGACAAACCCGGAAGUGCCUGGUCAGGCCGGAGGCUCGGUUUGUCUCCUGAGCUUUGGCUGCGCUUUGUCUCCCCUCCCCAAGGGAAGCCAGGAGGCAGCUAGGGGCGGGGCUGCUCCGGCCUCUUCACCAGAGUCAGGUCAGAACACACCCGGGGAGAAGCAACCCUCCGGAGUCUGUCAGAGGGCAGCGGGGCUGCCCGUACCCACAUGCCGGGGAAGGAAAUGCCAGCCCGCUCUCCCCGCCCCCACCUGAUUCCCCUCCGCCAUUCCACCGGAAGCCCCCCUUCAGUCUCCCCGAAUCCAACCAGUGCAGUUUCUGAAUAGAAGGAAGCCAACCAUGACGUCAGAGGGGGCGGGGCGUCUUCCGGGCCAUCCCGUGCCCUUCCCAGUCUGAGGCUCCCAGGUCCCCUCUGAGACCGGGGAUCCCCUGGGAGCCCCUCUGAGCCCUCCACCUCUCCCCCUCCCCCCAGACGCACACAGAGCACGUCUCCCCCCUCAGGGCUGCCACCCCGGAAGCACCCCAGGGUGGCCAGCGGGAAUGGCCCCCGGCACCCCGAGGGCCCCCUCCCAGGGAUCAGUAACACUCAAGGAUGUCACUGUGGACUUCACCCAGGAAGAAUGGAUGCUGUUGGACCAUUCUCAGAAAGGGCUGUACCUGGAGGUCAUGCUGGAGAAUGUGCAGAAUCUACACUCUGUGGGGCUUCUAGUUCCUAGAGAAAAUUUUAUCUCCUGUUUUCAGCAAGGGGAAGUACCAUGGCUGUUAGAGCAAGAAUGUCCAAGGAGCUCCUGUCCAGAGGGAAAAAGUAAUUUUGAAGUGAAGGAGAUGUUUGAAAAGUUGAGCCAUUGUGUGGAAGUAUGUGGCCCUCAAAGAUUCAUGACUGAGGUUCCUUGCGACUUUAUUUUGAGAGAAAUCUGUGACUCUAAUAUGAAGGUAAAUAAAAAUCUAAAGAGUGACUGUGAAUUUGAUGAAACUGCAGAGAAAUUCAGCCAAUAUUCAGUGCCAAAUCGGUAUACAAAAUUGACCUCGGAGAAUGAGUGUUGUCAGGAUAGUAAAUCCAGCAAAUGCUUUCCUGAAGGACUUAUUCAUUCCUCUGAUAAAUCUCCUGAAAUGCCCAUGUAUAAAGGCAACUUAGGGAGAAUGGCCUUUGGCUGGCAUUUAGAACUCAUUAAACAUCCAAAAAGUAAACCUGUAAAGAUGCUUUGUGUGAGUAAUAAAGUUAGGAGACCUUUUAGUCAGAACUCUGAGAUUGCUGUACAUCAAAUAAUCCAGUGUGGAGAGAAACCUCAUGAAUGUAAGCAAUGUGGAAAGACUUUUACAAAGAGGGGCCAUCUUGCUUCUCAUCAGAGGAUCCACACUGGAGAAAAACCCUAUGAAUGUAAAUAUAGUGGAAAGGCUUUCAGAGAGAUGAACAAUCUUGUUUCACAUCAGAGAGUCCAUGCUGGAGAGAAACAUUAUGUAUGUACACAGUGUGGAAGGACUUUCACAGAAGGGAGCAAUCUUGCUAAACAUCAGAGAAUCCAUACUGGAGAGAAACCAUAUGGAUGUACAGAGUGUGGAAAGGCUUUCACAAAAAGGAGCAGUCUUGCUAUGCAUCAGAGACUCCACACUAGAGAGAAAUCUUAUGAAUGUAAACAGUGUGGGAAAGCUUUCAUCAGUAGUUCUCAUCUUUUAAGACAUCAGAGAAUCCACACUAGAGACAAACCUUAUGAAUGUAAAGAGUGUGGAAAGGCUUUCACAGAGAAGGGCUCUCUUGUUAGACAUCAGAGAAUCCACACUGGAGAGAAACUUUAUGAAUGUAAACAGUGUGGAAAAGUUUUCACAAAUAGUUCCUAUCUUUUUCGACAUCAGCGAAUCCACACUGGAGAGAAACCUUAUGAAUGUAAACAGUGUGGAAAAGCUUUCACGACAAGAUACCAUCUUGUUAGACAUCAGAGAAUCCACACGGGAGAGAAAUCUUUUGAAUGUAAACAGUGUGGAAAGACUUUAACAGAGAGGCGCUCUCUUGUUGCACAUCAGAGAAUCCACACUGGAGAAAAACCAUAUAAAUGUAAUUACUGUGGAAAGGCUUUCAGACUUAGGAGCAGUUUUGCUAUACAUCAGAGAAUCCACACUGGAGAGAAACCUUAUGAAUGUAAACACUGUGGAAAGGCUUUCACACAGAGGCCCUCUCUUACUAAUCAUCAGAGAAUCCACUCUGGAGAGAAACCUUAUGGAUGUAAACAGUGUGGAAAGGCUUUCACAGAUAGUCGCUCUCUUACUGUACAUCAGAGAAUCCACACUGGAGAGAAACCGUAUGAAUGUAAACAGUGUGGAAAAGCUUUCACAACGAGGUCCCAGCUUGUUAGACAUCAAAGAAUCCACACUGGAGAGAAACCUUUUGAAUGUAAACAUUGUGGAAAGGCUUUUAUAGAUAGUGGCUCUCUUACUAAACAUCAGAGGAACCACACAGAAGAGAAACCCUAUGAAUGUAAACAUUGUUGGAAGGCUUUCAAACAGAAGACCUCUCUUGUUGUACAUCAGAGAAUCCACACUGGAGAAAAACCCUACAAGUGUAAACACUGUGGAAAGGCUUUCAGACAGAGGAGCACUCUUGUUGUACAUCAGAGAAUCCACACUGGAGAGAAACCUUAUGAAUGUAAACAGUGUGGAAAAACUUUCACAAAAAGGUUCCAGCUUGCUAUACACCAGAGAAUCCACAGUGGAGAGAAAAGUUAUAAAUGUAAACUGUGUGGAAAAGCUUUCACAAAUAGGUCUAAUCUUGUUAGACAUCAGAGAAUCCACACAGGAGAGAAACCUUAUGAAUGUAAACAGUGUGGAAAGAUUUUCACAUGGAAGGGCUCUCUUAAUCAAAAUCAGAGGAUUCAUACUGGAGAGAAACAUUUUUGUGUGGAUUGAAAAAUUUGUGCUAUUCUCAAGAUAACAGUUAUUAAUGCUUAAGUUAGUAAACCUGGUCUCUACUCUUUCCUGACCUCCCCCAUCAAGCUCCCAUGAAGACAAGAUUAACUCACCCUCCAUCUUUCUCCUUGUAGGACAAAAACUUUAUAGCCUGUAAAUGUUUGGGCUUUUCUUAGACCCUCACAUACCACAUGAUCAAAUCUUAAGGACUCUUUUGUCUUAUAAAUUCUUCCACUUGAAUCAAAGGCUUCCUCCAAGUAGUCAAGCUCGAUGGCUGGAAUGAUACUAUAUACCUAUUGUAAAACUUCAGCCCCUGCCAGAUAAUCUGGUUCCCCAGAACUCCCCUCUUUGUAUCUCCGGCUUCUUUUUUGUUUCUUUAAAGUGUUAAUUGGCUUGAAUUGCAUCUAUUGUAACUUAAUAUUCCUAUCCCUUAUUUCUAAAUUUCAAGCAUUGUAAAAAUUAUAUCCCUCCAGGGAGGCUUGAUUGCUUCAGCAUUCUCCUAGAAAUAAGGGAUUUUUCUGUGAAUUUUGGGUGUAUUUGUCUUAGGUCAAUGGCUUGAAAUAAUGCUCCAUAUUUUCUCUCUCUCUCAAUAAAACAUUGCAUCUUAAGUGAUGGUUUCCCCAGCCUCUCAUAUAGUGAUUAAAGGGGUUGUACUUUGACAUUUUCAAGAUCCCCACAAUUUUUCCUAUUAACAUUUUGAAUGUAUAGAAUGUAGAAAGAAUUUUCCAUAGAAGGUCUCUCUUCCUGCACAUCAGAGCAUCCAUCUUGUAGAGAAAGUUUAUUAAUGCCAUUAAUUUGGAUAGGCUUACACAUAAAGCUCCACAGUUACUUCAUGUCAGAAAAGCUUUACUGGAGGGAGACCUCAUGAGUGAGACUGAUCUUCGAGUUGGCCCUCUUAGCUUUUUUGACAUAAGAGGAUCCACACUAGGGAGAGCCUUUAGAAAUAUCAUGAACAUGGAAAGGCCUUCAUGCUAAUCAUCUCUUAUUCUCAUUGAGAAUUCCCUUUGGAUAGAAAUCUUAUUUCUGUCAUGAAUGAAGAAAGGCAUUGAAUUGGAGAGUUCAGAGCUUGUUCAGUAGGAGAAAAUGUCUUCUUCCCAGAUCAGUUCCAGAUGGAUAUCCUGUAGGAAGGCUUUUAGCCGGAGAUCAUAUCUCUUAUUUCAUAUCAGAAGAUUCAUAGUACACAAAAACCUCAUGAAUAUACUGAAGUUUUAUGUUUUCCUCAGGAGGAGAGUAAUGAUGAUUAUUAAGAGAAAUGUCAAUUAUAAUAAGUUGGAUGGUUCACCCCAUAUCUGUUAUUUUGGGUAUUUUAGCAGAAAAGGAAAGUGAUAAAAGUUGGAGGAGAUGUGGGAAAACUGGGAUACUAAUGAAAUAUUGGAGGACUGGUGAACUAUUUCAACCCUUUUUUAGGGAGUCGUUUGGAACUAUGUUAAAUGGGUAUUAAAUAAAAAACAAGAGGACAUGUAUAUAUUUAAAGAAGCACUUAAAGCUGCUCUUUUUGUGGUGAUGAAAGAAUUGAAAAGUAAGAGGGAGAUCAUCACUUGGGAAAUGACUGAGUAAAUGGUGGAAUGUGAUUGUGAUUGAAUAUUAUUGUUUUAUAAUGAAUGAGGACAAGGAGGAGCUCAGAAAACCUGGAAAGAUUUGAGAAAUGAUGCAGACUGAAUUUUGUGAUACCAUGAGAACAUUGCAUAUUGAAAUAAUUGGAGCAAAACAAUUGUGAAUUGAGUAUUCUUAACAAUACAUUGAUCACAAAGAAUUCCAAAGGACUCAUAAUAAAAUAUCAUCUCAUGGAGAAGAGUUGUAUCAUCA